AUGAUUCGUAAUAGCAUCGUGAACUUCACCAGAGCAUUUCACGUACAGUCUUGUUUUAAUGGGUCGCAAGUGAAGGGUAAAUUGAGGCAUUUUGAGAGGUACAAUAAAGUGACCAGACGAUCACCGGCAGAACUAGAGAGAUUGGCUGAAAAACGGCGAUUGAGUCUCAAAAAGCUUAACAAAAAGGCCUAUUCCAAGCAGCAUGCAGAGCACAUUUUGAAGAGCAAGUACGAGGUCUCCGAAGAUACCCUUCGGUCUGCAACCUUGGGACCAACAAGCGGAUCUGAUGUGAAGUUUUUAAAACUGGCUCACGAUAGAAGACUCAUAUUUACGAUUCUGGGGGUUACCGGAGAACAACUAAGAGACUCUAAGCUGGUGGCAAAUGAUGUGGCUAAAUUUCUGGCUCGAGGCCAGUUGGAUAAAGCCGUGUUUUUAGCGCGCUUAGCGAAGAGUCGUGGAAUUGUGGGAAUGAACAAAAUCAUAGAACAUUUCUGCCGAGAGCAGCAGGAUGGCAAAUCUGCGAUAGACCUGUACACUUGGAGAAAAAAAUGGGGCAUUCCACCAAACGAGUUUACCGCUACGAUACUAUUCGAUGGGCUAGCAAAGCUACGGCAACCACUAGGCCAAAAACUGGCGAGUCGAGUGCUGAAAAUUGCAAUGCAGUUGAUUAAUAACGAGACCAUAAAUCUAACAGAGUUCAAUGCUGCUCUAAGCGCUUUGGUUAAUUGCAAGGACGAAGAAUUGGUUUUCGAACUGUAUGACGCGAAACCAAAAAGUUUGAUAGGCGAUGCAAUUACAUAUACGCUUUUGCUUCGAGGUGCGACUAAAAUGCAGAAUGACCAGCUGUGCUUAAAAAGAGUUGAUACAAUAAUGGCAGGCGUGCCCAAAAGAUUUUUGGAUGCGAGACUCAUGCAUGACUACUGUCGCGUUUGGCACCACCGCAGCGACAAGGAUCUGUCAUCCAUUGCUUCCGCAGCACUUCUGAAAUAUUUCAAUGUCGGAGAUGAUUUACCCACUCUUCAAAUACCGAGUGGUGUAAACUUACCAGAUCUACAGUACUGGGACGUUCGGAGAAAAUACGACGCAAACAGCUUCGUAAUCGACCUUCUGCUCGAAAAUUAUGCCAAGAAUGGCAAAUUCGAGCUUGCGUUGAAAACUUAUAGACAGCUGAUCGAUAAACAAUCGCAACUUCUACCGCCCUCGUCCUACGAGAAGAUGAUAAAAACUGUCACCUCUGGCUUCCCGAACAAAUGCGGUCCACUGGCAGUUCAGAUAUUCGACGAGCUGAACAAACACCAUAAAACCAAGAAAAAUAGAAUGAUUCUGGUGUACAAAGCAUUUGAAAGGCAAGCAGGAAGAAAGUUUACCAAUGAAAGCUCUUCCAAAAUCGACAUUUUAAUUGAGGAUCUAUUCAAGUUUGCACAAGGGCUGGAAGGUAAAAAGUCCGGCUUGAAUGGUGCCACCGAGGUCUUGGAUUGGAAAGCGUGGAUGUUUUGCUGGAAUAUCAUAGGAAAAGCCAACGAGAGGCGUGCAAUCGAUAAGGCAAGAGCAAAAUGGAUUUUGAAUCAGUACAUUGACACUAUACUUUCCGGGCAAACGAAAUUUAAUAGAAUUCACCAAGAGGACUAUUCAGGGCUACGACAUGUCAGCAUUGAGAGUGUUCGUUUUCUAGCGUUCUUUGCUGAUCUGUUCAAGAGCUCAACUCAAAUAAGUGAGCCCUCGGAGGGACCCGAGCGUGACAACUUCUUGUAUCGCAGACUUCUCUUGAGGCUGAAAGAUAGAUUAUUGGCGUACGUGGCUAUUCUCGAGAAAAAGGCGGAGAAUGUUGAAAGCGUCGAAGAAUCUUUAAAACAAACGGCAGAAAAGCUUCGAGUUACUAGCAUGCCUGCACACAUCACAAAAACUACAUGA